GCGGAGCAGUUAAAGAAAAAUAUAAAUAGUCAUUGACGUCAUUUCAAUCCUCUGCGACGACUCUGAGUCAGUCAAGAAACCAGUGAAUGAUUGAUUGAAUUGGAGCGAAAUUUGAUUCCGAUCUGUCUGCAUGUAGAGUGAAUCUUUAGCCAUCUAAUCCUCGCCGGAGUAUACUCUUCGUUCGGAUUGGAUUCUAUGUACCUCUAAAAUAUACUCAGGAAUUGUUGAUUAGAUUGUGUUACAAAAUUUCGGUUGAGGGGGGAUAGGGUUUUAGGAAGAUGGAGGAUUUGUUGGAGAAUUUGGUUUUGGAGGAUGCAUCGGGACCGGAAUCGCCUAUAACGAAGGAGGAACUAUGUAUGGAGAUUGAUCCUCCGUUCAAGAACGUCGUCAACGCCGAGGACUGGCGGGGGGCGCUUAACAAGGUGGUUCCCGCGGUGGUCGUUCUCCGGAUCACCACAUGUCGAGCUUUCGACACUCAGUCUGCCGGUUCCAGUUACGCAACCGGCUUCGUUGUGGAUAAGUGCCGGGGAAUCAUACUCACAAACCGCCACGUGGUUAAACCUGGACCUGUGGUGGCGGAAGCUAUGUUUGUGAACCGUGAAGAAACCCCUGUCUAUCCAAUAUACAGAGACCCUGUUCAUGAUUUUGGGUUUUUCCGCUAUGACCCUAGUGCAAUAAAAUUUCUGAGCUAUGAAGAAGUUCCUCUUGCUCCUGAAGCUGCUUGUGUAGGACUGGAAAUCAGGGUUGUUGGAAAUGAUAGUGGAGAGAAGGUCUCUAUUUUGAGUGGCACCCUUGCACGUUUGGAUAGGGAUGCUCCAAAUUAUACGAAGAAUGGUUACAAUGACUUCAAUACAUUUUAUAUACAAGCUGCAUCUGGGACUAAAGGUGGUUCAAGUGGCUCUCCAGUAAUUGACUGCCAAGGCAGAGCAGUUGCUUUAAAUGCUGGGGGCAGGUCAUUAAGUGCCUCUGCUUUUUAUCUACCUUUAGAACGAGUCAUGAGGGCUUUGAAAUUCCUACGAGAAGGAAGAGUGUAUUCCACGAACAAAUGGGAGGCUGUCUCCAUUCCUCGUGGUACACUUCAGGCAACAUUUAUCCAUAAAGGAUUUGAUGAGACCCGCCGGCUUGGUCUUCAAAGUGAAACAGAGCAGUUAGUGCGUAAUUCAUCCCCCCCGGAUGAAACUGGAAUGCUUGUUGUUGAUUCUGUGGUGCCAGGUGGUCCAGCUUAUAAUCGAUUAGAGCCAGGUGAUAUUCUUCUUCGAAUGAAUGGGGAGGUGAUUACCCAGUUCCUCAGAAUGGAAAUUAUACUUGAUGACAGUGUCAAGCAGAAAGUUGAACUUCAAAUUGAAAGGGGUGGUAUUUCAUUGACCAUUAACUUGGUGGUUCAGGAUCUGCACUCAAUAACUCCUGACUACUUCUUGGAAGUCAGUGGUGCAGUGAUGCACCCUCUUUCUUAUCAACAGGCUAGGAAUUUUCAUUUUUCUUGUGGCCUUGUCUAUGUUGCAGAACCAGGAUACUUGCUCUAUAGAGCAGGAGUUCCUUGCCAUGCUAUCAUUAAAAAGUUUGCAGGUAAAGAUAUAUCAAGACUUGAGGAUUUAAUUUCUGUCCUAUCUAAGUUGUGUAGGGGUGUAAGAGUACCACUACAGUAUAUAAGCUGCAGAGAUCGCCACAGAAGAAAGUCAGUUUUAGUCACAAUUGACCACCAUGAGUGGUAUGCCCCGCCUCAGAUAUACACCCGCGAUGAUAAUUCUGGCUUAUGGAUAGCUAAGCCUGCUUUUUCACCUGGCUCGCUUCUCUUGUCUGGCAUCGAUCCUGUCAAACAAGAUCUGUUGUACAAUACUGUAUCAUCUUGUGCUGGUGAAUCUAGUCCAAUGGAUGGCACACCUCAACAUGUUGGUCAGAAUUCAACAGAUGACAUUACAAAUAUGGAAACCAGUUAUAAGUGUGUUGCAGAGGAAGAGAACUCAUCUGCUGAUGGAAUUGUUGUAUCUGAUUGUUCCUUGCAAGAUCUUACAAAAGAAAGAUUGAUGGACACAGGGACUGUAGAUGCUGUAGUUGUCAAAGAUGAUGAAGCAGAGUUAGGUAAUGCCUCCAUUGUUGAGCAUGCAAUUGAGUCCACUCUUGUGAUGUUUGAGGUUCAUGUUCCAUCAUCUUGUAUGCUGGAUGGCAUCCACUCACAGCAUCUUUGUGGAACUGGUGUGAUUGUAUAUCAUUCUGAAACCAUGGGCUUGGUUGUUGUUGAUAAGAACACUGUUGCAGUGUCAGCUUCUGAUAUCUUGCUCUCUUUUGCUGCUUUUCCUAUUGAAAUCCCUGGGCAGGUAGUCUUCCUCCAUCCGGUGCACAAUUUUGCUGUUGUUGCAUAUGACCCUAAAGCACUAGGAACUGUUGGUGCUUCUGCCGUUCGCGCCGCUGAGCUUCUUCCUGAACCCCCUCUUUGUCGUGGAGAUACAGUAUCUCUUGUGGGAUUAAGCAGAAACAUACGGGCAAAAUCCAGGAAAUCAAUUGUCACAAAUCCUUGUGCUACCUUGACCGUUGCAUCAGCUGAUUGUCCACGGUAUAAAGCAACAAACAUGGAAGUUAUUGAACUUGAUACUGAUUUUGGUGCUUCAUUUUCUGGUGUGUUGACUGAUGAGUGUGGACGAGUUCAAGCCCUAUGGGGCAGCUUUUCAGCUCAGGUUCAUAAACACAAACAUCUGUCCUCAAAAACAAGAAGUAAAAAGCAUUUCCAGCUCAAGUAUGGUUCUAAUUCAUCAGAAAAUCAUCAGUUUGUCCGUGGAAUUCCAAUUCUUACAAUUAGUCAAGUCCUUGCAAAGAUCAUUUCUGGUGCUGCUGGACCCCCUCUUCUUAUAAAUGGUGUCAAACAGUCUAUGCCACUUGUGAGAAUAUUAGAAGUUGAACUCUAUCCUUUGUUGCUUUCCAAAGCCCGCAAUUUUGGACUAAGUGACAGUUGGAUCCAGGUCCUUGUGAAAAAGGAUCCUACAAGGCAUCAAGUUUUGAGAGUGAAAGGUUGCUUUGCUGGGUCAGGAGCUAAAAAGGUAUUAGAGCAAGGUGACAUGAUUUUAGCAAUCAGCAAGCAGCCAGUUACGUGCUUCCGUGACAUUGAAGAUGCUUGCCAAGCACUAGACCAGUGUAGUAACAGUGAUGGAAAGCUUAACAUGACUAUUUUCCGUCAGGGGCGUGAAAUUGAAGUAGUUGUGGGAAGUGAUGUAAGAGAUGGGAAUGGAAGUACACAUGCAAUUAACUGGUGUGGGUGUACUCUUCAAGAUGCUCACCCAGCUGUGCGUGCACUUGGAUUUCUCCCUAAAGAAGGCCAUGGAGUAUAUGUGUCAAGGAUGUGUCGUGGGAGCCCAGCACAUCGGUAUCACCUGUAUGCUCUCCAAUGGAUAGUUGAAAUUAAUGGGAAAGCAACCCCUGAUUUGGAUGCUUUUGUGAAUGCUACAAAGGAAUUGAAGCAUGGAGAGUUUGUACGUGUUCGAACAGUGCAGUUGGAUGAGAAAGCUAGAGUGCUUACAUUGAAACAGGAUUUACACUACUGGCCAACAUGGGAACUAAGAUUUGAUCCUCACACCGCAACGUGGCGCCGCACGCUUAUCACCACUGCUUGAUCCAGUUUUUUUUUUUUUUUUUUUUAGUACGUACGUGUCAAUUUCCUACCCAUCCAGCGCUGACACGUGUACUAUCCAAAACAACACGUGGCGGCCGUUCCCAGCUUAACUUCAAUUCCUCCACCGCCAACAUUAUAUUCUGCUGCAUGCAUGCCUUUUUUUAAUAAGCACCCAGCUUCUAUUCUAUAAAUACAUAUAUACAAGUUAGUUGUCUUCUCAAUGCUAUAUCUUUCUUUCUU